GUGUUGUAUUUCAAUUUGGCAGGGGGCGCAGGGGGGUUUGUGGAAGUGGAGAUGAGAUGGUAUUUUUCAGCGUUUUCGGUUUUACUGUCCCCCAGAAGUCAUGAACAUGCAGCCUUCUGUGUUAAAAGAGGGCAUUCUCUACCAUCUGGACUAUCCAGUGGUAUUUAGUUCUAUGGUGGAUGUCUGGGGAUGCUCCAGAUGGUCCCUGGAAGAGUGGGCCUCUUUCUUUGGAGACAAGCAGCUGAGUUUGAGAAUAGGCAAGCAGGAGGAAAAUGCAGCCGGUCCUCAAUGGGAGACAGAGAACGUCACCGUCUCUGCCACGGUACGUCAGUUGCUGGACUGGGCGGCCGGCAGACCCGGCAAGAGGCGCCUCUCGCAGGACGAGCCGUCACCCCUGGCCUCCUACCGACCGCACACACACUGGGCCUACUACGCCUACAAACACAUACCACAGGAGUUCGGCGAUAGUCCGUACGCGGCCGCGAAACUUGGUAUCGACUGGAGUAUGUUCGGCUUCCCUGGCCGGGGUGCAGAACAGAGCACGCUGUGGCUGGGGACGCCCGGAGCUCACACACUCUGCCAUCGCGACACAUACGGCCUGAACCUGGUGACCCAGCUGGUCGGCAGGAAGCGGUGGACGCUGUUCCCGCCUUCGGAUGGACCCCGACUGUAUCCCACCCGGGUGCCUUACGAGGAGUCGACUGUAUUCAGCGCCGCCAACCUGCGACGACCCGACUUCAACAAGUUUCCAGACCUGGUGUCAACACGACCUCAUAUCGUGGAGCUGACGGCCGGUGAGACACUGCUGGUGCCGCGACACUGGUGGCACCUGGUGGAGAACCUGGAAACCUCCGUGUCCAUCAACACUUGGAUAGAACUGCCGUGUGAUGCCGAGGCCAGGCUCCAGGAGGCCCUGGUCCGAACCAUGGUGGCCCGCCUGCCCGCGGACGCCGCCUCCGCCAGGCUGCUGCUCAACGACCCGCUGGAGGUAGGAGAGGCGCAAAGCGGGCCACCUCCACCUCUCAGCGGAUUGGGAGCAUGGAGCUGUAGGAGUGCUGGCCGCUGGACGCCUGUCUCUCCGCGCUCCAGCAGUCCGCGGCCGCCCUCAGCCUCCCUCCAGCACCGACCCCGCCGAGGGACCGGCGCGCCUUCUGGGCGACAUACCGCGCCUGGCCGGGUAACCGCCGAGUGCCGGCCUGUCCACCCACCGCUCUGCUGCGGCCAGAGGUACAGACAGCACAGACAGCCAGUGCGGCCAGCUCGCCCGAUCCAGUGGUAUCCCCGCGGUUAGGGUCACCCGAGUCGGCAGCCUCCCCUCCGGCGGGGCUGGGGGUCAGAGAGGUGUACCUGGCCCUGGCGGAGGCGGUGACUGACCCGCAGACGAUGGCAGCAGCGGCAGAGGCGUUCAAACGCGCGCUGAGGAGAAGAGGUGGGGUGCAGAUACUGUGACGGAGAGGGAGAGUAAAGGGAGGGGCCCGUGAUAUUUGAUCUCUUCUGUGAAAUGUCUGUGAGGACUGAGGUGUACUCUUUUAUUGAUGGUGCAACUACAGACUGUUGCACCGACGUAGUGGUACUCAAGUAUGUGCAAGAUCUUUUAUGCGAAUGUUUUUGUGACCAAUAGUAUUGUCAUGAUAAGGACACUGCACUUCUUACGACAUAUCUGUAUUUUGCGAAUAAGACAUGCUAGAAAGUUCA